UGUGUAAUUUCCACGACUCUAUAUAAUCUCUGCUUUCUUCUCCAUCCCAAACCCUACUGGUUCCUCAGCUUCACGCCGGCAGGGUUUCCUAGUGGUUACAAGGGCUUAUAAGCAGACCUUCUUCGUCGGCAACCAAUGGCUCCAACUAAAGCUGAUGUUUCAAAAAAAGCUGAUCCAAAGUCACAAGCCGUGAAAGCUGCAAAGGCUUUGAAAUCGGGCCCCAUCCUUAAGAAGAAGGCCAAGAAGAUCCGAACUUCAGUUACAUUUCAUCGGCCCAGGACAUUGAAAAAGGAGAGGAACCCUAAGUAUCCUCGUAUCAGUGCUCCACCAAGGAACAAGCUCGAUCAUUAUCAAAUUUUGAAGUAUCCUCUUACUACUGAAUCUGCAAUGAAGAAGAUUGAAGACAACAACACUUUGGUGUUUAUUGUUGACAUACGUGCUGACAAGAAGAAAAUUAAGGAUGCAGUCAAGAAGAUGUAUGACAUUCAGUCCAAGAAAGUGAAUACCUUGAUCAGGCCUGAUGGUACCAAAAAGGCUUAUGUUAGGCUGACCCCGGAUUAUGAUGCUUUGGAUGUGGCAAACAAAAUUGGUAUCAUCUAAGGGUAGUGACAGAGCUACGUAGUAAGAGAGCAUUGUGACUCUUUGAGCUCACUCAGAUCUAGUUUUGAAGUUGUAACAGUUUUUGCUACUGAUUUAAAAUGACGUCUUUGUCUUUUGUGGUUAUACCUGCAGUUCUGACUUUGUAGACUUGAAAUUUUAAUCUAUUUUGAAACAUCAUUUGAAUGCUCGUUCA